CUACAUUUUAGUCUUGAUUGUGCUGUGUUCUAGUCAGGACGUUCUGACCGCGUCGUAACGUUGGCGUUAUUUCACGGCACCACCAUAAACUAGUCGCCCGCGCGCGCGAAUCGUCGUCACCAGUGCCUGGUUUGGUUGACGCCGGUAGUCUCUUCGUCGGUCGGUCGGUCGGUCGGAUCGAAUCACGUCGAGUUUGGGUGGUUUUUGCGGUUCCAAAUCAAGAAAUCCUAAACGAUGUUGUUUCGAAAAGUGCUCGACUAUGCUGUUGCUAUUGCCUAGUCCUAUGGGAUCAUCAGGUUGAAAGUAAAUCCGAUCGCGAAAUCAGUGCACCGUGACGGGGCGAAGGUUCUUCGGAAACCAUCGACGGAAUCGAAUCAGGUACCACCACCUACUAUCAGUAAAGCUCAAUUCGCACCCAACGUAAUCUUCAUGACACAUGGGGCCAAUCCCCAAAGUAGGCUCAGUCACGCAUCGUCUUCCCCAUCUCAGCAUCCGAAUGGCCGUGUGAUUUCUGAACUGAAUCACAUACCAGUGAAUAAUCCUACUGAUGCUGAAUUCGUCUACCAUUCACCAAGGUUGAAAACUAAACAAGCUCACGCGAUCAUCGGCCAGUUCAGCAAAAUCCGUCGAAUCAUCAACCGAUCAAGCGCGAACAAAAGAUCGAAUUAGUGAGAUCAAUUAACCACCUAACCCCGAUAUAUGACAAGUACGAGAGAGAAGCACCCUCGUGCACGUUAUCUGUCACAUUUACCUCAUCAUCGGUAAGUCGUAGGUGCCUUUUUCUCGGAUGCACUAGGAAUACAAAGAGCUUCCUUCAGAAGGUUGGAAAACAACUAAAUACUAAAUGAAGGGAACCGGAAUGAAAUCGAUGACUGCACUCACAAAUUGUUUAUUGUCUUCGAUGAUGACGGUAAUCGAAGUUCGCACUCACGGCCUGCUGAUUAGAUAGCACCCAGCAGUCGAUUUUUGUUGCUAUUUGUCAACACAAGCAGCAAAACGCGUAGAAGCAGCUCGGUCAUGACCUGCUUCAAUCAGUAUUAUGGAAGGAAAGCUGAAAUCAACGAAGAUUGUUCCAACUACCAACAUUCUGGCGAGUGUGUUCGGUGCUGCCAGCACUUCCAAAGGACGUUGCGAGGCAUGGACCGAAAAGGAAACAGGCGUUCCGGCAAUCCAAGCGGGUAAUGAACCCGCACCAGACGAAGACCUUACGGAACCGUUCAUCCGGAAGAGCAGUGACAGUGAGUCCAGUAUCGAAAGUGAACGUCUCUGUGAGUCAGAAAAGGGACGCAUCUAUUCGAUAGAUGUGAAAGUAGGUGAAGCGAAAGAUGAGCGAACGAACAAGAUACGUAAUUAUAGUGCAAGUAAAAAUAAUAGUUGUGCCAGUAAAAUCCAUGGAGGUCCACACCGUGAUGCCAAAGUAGUAGAUAAGUUUGUUAGAACUAAUCGUAAACGAAGAAAGCGGAAAGAUGUUAAAAGUGUUCUGGUCAAAUUGUGCCAAUGUUGUCCUUGGGCAGUUCCUUGGAGUUUGCUGGCGGUUAGUGCAAUACAGAUAUGUACAUAUAUUUUAAACCAAGAAAAUUUGUAUCGACUGUUGAUAUUUUCUCCAGUUCGUCAGUUUGAGGUAUGGCGCUUCGUGACGUACACCUUCCUACAUGCCGGUGCUGUCCAUCUGAUGUUGAAUGUUAUCAUACAAAUAAUGGUAGCCUUUCCACUGGAGACGGAGCAGGGUCAUGCAACAGUGCUUCUGGUUUACUUUGGCGGUGUGUUAGCCGGUGGACUGGGGGCGUCCGUUUUCGAACCAACACUGAUGGUGGGUGCCUCGGCCGGGGUCUACUGUCUGCUGAUGAGCCAUAUACCGCACAUUGUGAUGGCCAAUGAUCCAUCUGUCAAAAAUCAUUUUAAAGAAAGAUUCUGGAUGACUUUCGUCUGGCUGAUUUCAACACUCCAGAAAUUACUCUACAAAAACUUCAAGUCGCUGUCCUACCGCUACUUCCGGUUGGUUGCCGUACUGGUACUGUGCGUCAGCGAUGUCAUCUACUCAAUCCGGCACUGCCUGACCAAAGGGAAUCUCGCUCCGAGAAUCGGAGUCGCGGCACACGUCAGCGGUGCCAUCUGCGGGCUGCUGUUCGGUUUCAUCGUCUACCAGGGAGGUAAGGAACUGUUCUUCCGAGUGGCACGUUAUGCCGCCCUGUUACUGUUCUUCGGUUGGAUAAUCGCAACGAUUGUGUAUAAUGUAGAGCUAAAGUUCUGAGUUUCGAUGUUUCAGGUUUCGCAUUUUAAUUUUGUAAAGUUUUUGUGCGCGUCCGUAUUUAUACUCGAUAGUUGGUAGAGAUAUCUGAGGCCAAAAAAUACUUAUACGUAUAGAUAGAAAUGAUCAAAAUUGUACCUAACUGCAAGAAAUUAUUUAAUUAUAAGGAAAUAAACUAAAUUGAAACAGUAUUUUUGUGAUAAA